UCAUCCCGACGCGCCGUCAUCGUACAGAAAAACUUAUAUAUUAUAUCGGUUGACAGGUGUUUUUCGGUUAAGUUAUAGUACUUUUUCUCUUAAUUUUAAUUACAUAAAAUGAUUAGACUAGACGGUCAAUAACAGAUAAAUAAGAACGUAAAUUGUGUAAUAUAACGUCACAUUAUAAACAAGCGAAUGUAAAUUGAUUUCGAAACAUUUUCCUAGUGGACAAAUUGUUGUUGAUCAUGUGAGUGAGAAAUAAGUAAUAAAUAAAAAGUUUUUCAUCAGUUCUUUCAUUGUGUGAACGAGUUGCUGUGUAUAAGAGAAAAUAAUGUUCAGAUUCGUUCAAUUGUUAUCAACUAACAUUAUGGUGCCAUUAUGGGCUCAAUUCAUCGUAAUUGUGGACGAUCUCAACUUUACUAUAAAAUGACAAUAUAUCAACUAUCGCCUUAUGAUUAAAAGACUUCCUGAAUCUCUCAACUAUAAUAUAAAACUAACUAAAGAAAUGAUUAAACUAAACCAAAAAUGGAUUCAAAAAAAUAAUUGUUGUGAUAUUUACUAAGUAUAAGUAAAAGUAAGUUAAAAACGCGAGCUUAAAACGCAAUAAAUCAAAGUGAAAAACGUAAAAUAUUUACAAAUUUAAUAAAUUAUGAACCGUGACAAAGACAAAACAAAUCCUAAACGUAAAUCACUGUUAAACAUCCUAUCCAGACGGUCCACCAAAGUAGAACCACACAAUGAUUCCGUUCAAACAAAUCCCGAGGAAAAAAGUGUUUCCGUACAGUCGACGCCAAUAAAACAGUACCAUCAAUCUAGCGUUUUAAGGCGUCAUAACUCGAGUCAAACAUUGACAACAGAUCCAGCCAAAAGUAGUAACCGAUUCAGUCAUCAAUUCAACCUUUGUUGCUCUAUUGAAUCAGCCACCUCGCUAUCUCCGAAUUUACACAAAAGUUCCGAAACGAAACCCUCGCAAGAUACGUACCAUUGCAAUGGAAAUGUCGUCAAAGAUGAACCAGUUGUCAUCGUGCAUAAAUCGCCCGACAAUCCAAACGAGAUUAAUGUGCUCGUUCAACAGCAGCAGGGUCCUGUCGUUGAUGCGGAAGUGAAAAAAGAGGCGCCGAAACCAGUGUUCAAUGAAUAUCAGUCUUCGAUUGCUAUGUCUGCUUGUCGAUCACGAUUCAGGCAAAAAUUGUUACCUCCAGGCAUUUCGAUCGAUCUGGCGUCGAAUGAACAGCAUUUUUCGUCGCCGAACAUUUCGGAGAAGCCAUCCGAUGAAGCGAUACCGAACAAUAAUCGGUCCAUGUCCUACGAUGUUUUAACUGGUCGUCCAUCGACUGCUAGCGCUGAUUCGCUGGCCAAACAGUCGCUGAUAGCUGCACAAUUACUACAUUUGAUACCAGUUGAACGGGCUAGGGAAAGAAAUUACCUAGCUGGAUGCCUGGCAAUAAACUCAUUAUUCGGUCCGGCUGAAUUGGACAGAGUUCUACCGACACGAGAAGUGAAGAUUUUUGUUGGAACCUGGAAUAUGAACGAACACAACCCACCGAAAUUGAUGAAUGAUUUUGUGCUACCCAGUGGCAUUGAUCACAUACCCGAUCUAGUGGCUAUUGGAACACAAGAAUCAUGCUCCGAACGCUUCGAAUGGGAAGUUUCGCUGCAAGAAACCCUGGGUCCAACACACAUCUUACUCCAUUCGGCUGGUUUGGGGACACUGCACCUUGCUGUUUUUAUACGACGCGAUUUGAUUUGGUUCUGCUCAGUGCCGGAAGACGACAGUCUAUCAGUUCGACCUGGAACCGCGUUUCGAACGAAGGGAGCUGUUGCCAUAUCCUUUUGCUUAUUCGGUACAACAAUGCUAUUCGUAACUUCCCAUUUGACCGCCCAUCAACAGAAAGUGAAAGAACGGGUUUCAGACGUAAAACGGAUCAUUCAUUCGUUGGAUUUGCCGCGAAAUUUGAACAUAAAGAACAAGAACCGAGACGUAACGCAGAAUUUCGAUUGUGUGUACUGGUCGGGUGAUUUGAAUUUUCGUUUAGGCGAACCAAGAGAAAAAGUGCUCAAGUGGAUCGAAACCACAAAAUUUCCAUUGCCAGCCCAUUUGCCAAACGGUUAUAUGCACACGGAUCAACUGAAAUCGGUAUUGUCGAAUGGCGCUGCGUUCAAAGACUUCAAGGAGGCUAAUAUUACAUUUCCACCGACAUACAAAUACGAUCCCGGAACGCAACAAUUCGAUACCAGCAGCAAACAACGGGCACCAGCGUACACUGACCGAAUUUUAUUCAAAUACAAAUCAAUGCCGAUUGGCAUUCGUCGCGGCAGCAAUUUAGCGAGCUUGUUACAUCCUAGUCAAGUGGAAUGUCUAGCUUACGAUUCCGUGCCGAGUAUUGUGACAUCCGAUCACAAGCCGGUUUGGGCGCUUUUUCGAAAUCCGAUUCGACCAGGCAUUGAUACUGUUCCGCUAGCUGCUGGACUUUUCAAUCGGGAUGUUUAUUUGGAGGGAAUGAAACGUAGACUGAACAACUCAAGUGCAGACUCAUCGGCCGUUUGUACGAUACAGUAGAAGGAAAUCUUUCGAACAAACCAAAAAAAUGGAAAAAUUUAAAUUUUAAAAUCUUCAACCAAUUAAGAUGUUCAACUCAUAUUUAACUCUUAAAAAUUUGAUUAAUUAUUGUUAUUCGGGUAGAUAAUUUCAAUUAAGUAAAAGGAAAUUCAAAUUCAAAUGAACCCCAUAUAAUCAACAUAUCAACUCCCCGUGUAUCGUAAAAUUGGACGUUGUGCGACUGUUGUUACAAUUAAAGUGUCAUCUUCAUCAACAUUAAAAACAAGCUCUAUAAGCAUCCCAAUAAGAUCUGUCUAUUUUGUAAUUUUGGGUUAAAUUCUAAUCCUUAACGCCUUAACAAACCAGCUUUCACUUUCUUCUGUUUCUCUGAAACUCUGUGAUAUUUUGAAUGAAGUGGAAGUGGUAGAGCUGCCGUGAAGGUGA